AGAUAAAGAAGAUCGAGAAAGAAAAAAGGAAAGAAAGAAGGCAGCUUCCUCUCUCCUUCAUUGCAAAGAAGCACCUUUUAAAGAAUCCUCUCCUCACAACUCCAUUCUUCUUUAAAAAAACCCCAAACACAUUUCCCACUUGUUUCUUCCAUCAAAAUAGCUUCCAACUUUCUUCUCAAUUUCAUUUCAGGAUAAUAUUAUGUGCAGUGGACCAAAGAGCAAUCUCUGCUCUUCAAGAACCUUAACAGAAAUCGAAUCAAGGCAAAAGGAAGAAGAAACAAUGCUUCUCCUUGAAUUCGCCGCUUGUGAUGAUCUUGACUCGUUCAAGAGAGAUGUUGAAGAGAAGGGGCUUGAUUUGGAUGAGCCAGGGUUAUGGUAUUGCAGACGGGUCGGGUCUAAGAAGAUGGGUUUUGAAGAAAGAACACCUCUAAUGGUUGCAGCUAUGUAUGGAAGCAUAAAGGUUUUGACUUUCAUCAUUUCCACUGGUAAAUCUGAUGUGAACAGAGCUUGUGGUGAAGAGAGAGUCACUGCGCUUCACUGUACUGUUGCUGGUUGUUCUGUGAAUAUGAUUGAAGUCAUCACUGUCUUGCUUGAUGCUUCUGCUUUGGUUAACUCUGUUGAUGCUAAUGGGAAUCAACCUUUGGAUGUGUUUGUUCGGGUUUCGAGAUUCGUAGCUAGUCCGAGGAGGAAGGCGGUUGAGUUUUUGCUGAGAGGAGGCGGUGUUAGCGGAUUGGUCGAUGAGGCGGUUGAAGAAGAGAUCAAGAUCGUGUCUAAGUAUCCGGCUGAUGCGUCUUUACCGGAUAUUAAUGAAGGGGUUUAUGGAAGUGAUGAGUUUAGGAUGUAUAGCUUUAAGGUUAAGCCAUGUUCUAGGGCUUAUUCUCACGAUUGGACCGAAUGCGCUUUUGUUCAUCCGGGAGAGAACGCGAGGAGGAGAGAUCCGAGGAAGUAUCCUUACACGUGUGUCCCCUGUCCCGAGUUCCGAAAAGGGUCAUGCCCGAAAGGAGAUUCUUGCGAGUAUGCUCACGGGGUUUUCGAGUCGUGGCUUCACCCGGCGCAGUAUAAAACCCGGCUUUGUAAAGAUGAAACGGGUUGUGCAAGGAAAGUUUGUUUCUUUGCUCAUAAACGUGAAGAGAUGAGACCUGUUAAUGCAUCAACUGGCUCUGCCGUGGCUCAGUCUCCGUUUAACAGCUUGGAGAUGAUGCCAGGUUUGUCUCCUCUUGCGUAUUCUUCAGGAGUUUCGACUCCUCCGGUUUCUCCAAUGGCUAAUGGUGUUCCUUCCUCUCCAAGAAACGGCGGAUCAUGGCAGAACAGAGUCAAUACCCUUACUCCACCGGCUUUGCAGCUCAAUGGUGGAAGCAGAUUGAAGUCGACACUGAGCGCUAGAGAUAUCGAUAUGGAGAUGGAGAUGGAACUCAGACUCCGCGGUUUUGGCAACAACGUCGAAGAGACUUUCGGAUCUUAUGUUUCCUCUCCAGGUAGAAAUUCUCAAAUGGGUCAAAACAUGAACCAACAUUAUCCAUCUUCCCCGGUAAGGCAACCGCCAUCUCACCACGGGUUCGAAUCUUCAGCAGCUGCAGCGGUUGCAGUGAUGAAAGCGAGAUCAUCCGCCUUUGCGAAACGUAGCUUGAGUUUCAAACCGUCUACUCAAGCAGCACCGCAGUCGAAUUUCUCGGAUUGGGGAUCUCCAAACGGGAAACUCGAAUGGGGAAUGAAAGGAGAAGAGCUGAAUAAGAUGAGAAGAAGCGUUUCCUUUGGAAUCCAUGGAAACAACAACAAUAACGCAGCUAGAGAUUACAGGGACGAGCCAGAUGUGUCAUGGGUUAACUCUUUGGUUAAAGACAGUGUGGUGUCUGAGAGAAACUUUGGAAUGAACGAGAGGGUUCGGAUAAUGUCGUGGGCUGAGCAAAUGUACAGAGAGAAUGAGCAGACUGUGGCAUAAACACACAAAAAUAUGGUUUUAUAGAUUGCUUUUGUGCCAUCUCCGCAAAUUUAAUUCUUUAAUUUUUGUCA